AUGGAGAAGAAUUCUUCACCUCAUAUGACGAGACAGUCUGGAACUGGAAACACUGCAACAUUCUGCUCUGGAAUUCUGCAGCAGCUAGAUUGUAGCUUGGUUGAGUGCCAAGCUUUGGUUCUUCCACCCACUCUUGAACUUGCCCAGCAAAGUGUGAAGGUUCAUGCUUGUGUUGGAGGGACUAGUGUGCGCGAAGAUCAGCGCAUUCUCUCCAGUGGGGUUCAUGUUGUUGUUGGUACUCCUGGUCGCGUGUUUGACAUGUUGCGGAGACAAUCACUUCGCCCUGUUUACAUCAAAAUGUUUGUCUUGGAUGAAGCUGAUGAAAUGCUGUCACGAGGUUUUUAA